AUGUCCACAAAAACAGUCAAGAAAUCAACUACAACUACCGCCAAACCAAAGGCUGUUGUUGCUGCAGCACCAACUGAAAAGAAACCAGUUGUAGCUGCUAAAGUUGCAACUAAGACUGCGCCAGCUGUUCCAGCUGCAAAGAAGACUGUUGCCGCUGCCAAACCAGUUGCUACUCCAGUCGAGAAGAAGAAGACUGCCACCGCAGUCGUUGCAGCUGCACCAGCUCCAACUAAAGCAGCUACACCAACUAAAAAGGUAGCUACAACCACAACCACAACAAAGAAGAACAUCAAUAGCAAAACAGUACAGGAACCAGCAUCAAAGAAGAAACAACCAGUAAAGAAGAUUGUUCAAGAGGAAGAGGAAGAUGAGGAUUUCGACGAUGAGGAAUUGGAAGAGUUGGACGACGAUGAAAUCGCUGCUUUAGAGAAGGAAUUUGGUUUAGAUAAAGAUGACGAGGAAUAUAAUCCAGCUGACCACGGAUUCGGUGGUGACAACGACGACGAAGAUGAUGAAGAUUUCGAUUCUGCUGAUUUCAGUGAUGAAGAUUUCAGUGAUGAAGAUAGUGAUGAUGAUGAAGAAGAAAUUACUCCACCACCAAAAGCUCAAACUCCAGUUAAAUCAACUAAACAAGUAGCAACAACAACACCAGUCAAACAAACAGUUGCCGCCACAACACCAGUUAAACAAGCAACUACUACCACCACCACCACACCAAAGAAAGCAGAUGCAUUCGCUAAAUCCGAGGAUAUCAUUCCACUUUCCAGUGGAAAGAACAAGAGAAAGGCUGCUCCAGAACCAACUGUUGAGCAACAACCAAAUACAAAACAACCAACACCAAAGAAACAAAAAGAAGAAACUACUACCACCACCACUACCACACCAAAACCAAUCGAAAAGAAACAACAACCAACCAAACAAAUUCCAGCUGCUGCCAAGUUGGCCGCUUCCAAGACAUCAGCAACAACAGAGAAGAAACCAAAGAAAGUUGAAAAAGUAAAGUCAACAAAGAAAGAAAUUGAAAUUACUUCUGAACCACAUGAAGCAGAUAAAAUCAUUUAUAUUGGACAUUUACCACAUGGUUUCUUUGAGAAAGAGUUGACAAAGUACUUCUCACAGUUUGGAAAUGUAACCAAUGUAAAGGUCGCCAGAAAUCCAAAGACCAAAAAAUCGAAGCACUAUGCAUUUGUAAAGUUUGAUGAUAAGGAGGUAGCAAAGAUCGCCGCCGAAUCAAUGGAUGGAUACAUCAUGUUCAAGAAGAAAUUGAUUUGUAAAGUUUCAACCUCUGUUCCAAAGCGAGCAUUUAGACCAAACAAGAGACCAGCCACAACUUUAAGAUCAUCAUCUAAAUCAACAACAACAACUACAACAACUACAACACAAUCACAACAAACACCAACAACAAGCAACAGCAACACUGAAUCCAAUCGUUUAGCACGUACUGCCACCAAACAAAAGAAUUUGAAAUCGAAACUAGAGAAAUUAAAGAUCAACUACACCAUUCCAGCUCCAGUAAAGAUCUAA